AUGUCCCAUCAGCAGGAGGUAGAGCUCAAGAAUACCGAUCCGGCUUCGGUACCUAACCCAUUGGGGGAGGGUAAUUAUAUCAAGACAGCGGGCUGUAUCAUUAUUGGAGAUGAGGUGCUGAAUGGAAAGACGAAGGACACAAACAGCAACUUCUUCGCCCAGUACUGCUUUGACUUGGGUAUCGAAUUGAAGCGUAUCGAGGUCAUUGCGGAUGAUGAAGAUGAGAUUGUUGAGGCUGCGCGACGGUUCACCAAGAACUACGACUUUGUGAUCACCUCGGGCGGUAUCGGUCCCACGCAUGACGAUAUCACCUACUCCUCCCUCGGCGCAGCGUUCAACCUUCCGCUAGUCCACCACCAAGAAACCAUGAAGCGAAUGUGGACACUCGCGUCUGCUGAGAAACGUGAACUCAUGUCAAAUGCGCCGGAAGGGGAGAAGGAGGCACGGAAUCGUAUGGCACUGUUCCCUACUGCCGAGGAAGGGAAGAGUGGGGCGGAGAAGAGCGAGGUGUUGUUUGUGAAGGAGGAGAUGUGGGUGCCUGUUGUUCGGCUGGGAGGGAAGCUCUGCGUCUUCCCCGGCAUCCCCAAGCUGUUCCAACAGCUCCUCCACGGCCUCACCCCUUACUUACCACUACCCCCAGCCUCGGCAAAGCCUUUCCGCCACCUGAUCUUCACCGAUAAAGCCGAAUCAGCCAUCGCUCCAUACCUCACCGAGCUGCAAGCCAAGGUGAAGAAGGAGGGAAUCAGGGUCGGGUCAUACCCAUUCCUCUUCAAGGGCGUGCACGUCAGUCUGAUCGGGCAUGAUAUCGAGAGAAUACGGGAGCUGGGACAGGACGUCGUCAAGGAGCUGGAUGGUAAGGUUGUUGCGGAGGGUCAGCUGGGCGCGGAGAAAGAGGCGUCCAAGAUGUAG